AUGAAUACCCCACCUCCUACCUCUCCCGUUCCGACGGACCCCAAACCCGAGCCAACAGACACCAAAAUACAUCCGCGGUUACCGUAUCCAGCAUCAAAAACUUCAUCCCUAUCCUUCUCGAGAUGGAAACCGGACAGUACUCUUCAUGGUGCGAACUUUUUCGCAUUCAUUGCCGGGCCUUUCAGCACGAUCUCGAACGACCUUCUUAGCACCAUCAUACGUCCGGGUAACACCGCCUAUGAUGUGUGGUCAACUCUUGAAGGCCUCUUCCAUGACAACAAGAAUGCUCGUGCCAUACACCUCAUGCAAUGCUUUGCAACCACCAGGCUAGACGGAUUCCCCAAUAUGUCCGCCUAUUGUCAAGCUAUCAAAUCUUUAGCCGACCAACUAGCAAAUGUCGGAGCCCCUCUUGACAACAAACGGCUUGUUCUUCAUCUCCUUGCCGGGCUUACGGACCAAUAUGAAGGUACCUCUACUAUUCUUCAGUAA